AGUGCGCAGCGUGACUGACCAAGUCCUCUUCAAAUAAUCAUGUACAAGACAUUUUGAGAUAAAAACGCGCACGUAACGAGGACUCACUUUUAUUUCGAUCGACACAAACUGGAGUUUUUAGAUAACCUACAUGAGCAAAAUGCGCUUCUAAAACAGGGAAUUCUCAUGUUCACCGUAUUUGGCCACAGUGGUAGCAUGAACGCAUCACAUCCAGAGGCUCAGCCUCAUCUCGGAACACCUUUUGCCUCGCUGUACUCGGAAGGCUGUGGCAAACCUUUGAGAGGGGAGGGAAAGCCGCAAGUGUAUAUCAGAAUGUGUUUCAUCCCUGUUUAGCAAUGGAAGUUGCUGGAAUUGGUGAAGGGGCAGUGGAUACGCGUGGAUAUCACUGGACACCGAAUGAGCUUGUUCUCGAAAGAAUUCUUGGCGUUGCAUCCUCGGUUACUUUUACAAUGUCAAAAUCAAGGAGAUCCUCUUGAGGCUUGAAGUAUGCACGGACAUUGGCACAUCAGUCAAAAUCGCCUAUCAAGGCACAAUAUUUACCCGUUUGUAUCCAGCAUUGUGAAUCAUUUAACUUAAUAGACCUGCUUUCCUCAAUGAAAUAUGGGCAGAACCAAAUGUAUUUCAUAGCGCAUCAAAUGAAAAGUCGUUAUACGAUGUCUCAACCAGAUUUAAGCUGAAUCCAGGUGCGGAACGGCGGGAACUGAGUUCUGACCAUCUGCAUCUCGCCUUGGGAAGAAGCUGUCACCAUCGAAGUGGAUAUGUUGACAUUAACGUGAAGAUGGGUUUAGUUUUCGGUCUCUUGUGGCUGUUCAACAUAUUUUUGGAGGGCAUUCAUUGCCAAGGAGUGUAUGCACCUCCUACAGUCCGAAUAAUCCACUCUGGCCACGCAUGCAACAUCGAGGAGGAGCGCUACACCGAGCGCGUCUACACCAUCCGGGAGGGAGAGACCCUGGAGCUAGCAUGUCUAGUCUCAGGCCACCCUCGACCUCAGAUCCGGUGGACUAAAACGGCCGGUAGUGCCUCCGACCGCUUCCAGGACUCCAGUGUGUUCAACGAGACCCUGCGCAUCAUCCGGAUCCAGAGGCACCAGGGCGGACGCUACUACUGCAAGGCCGAGAAUGGCCUGGGCUCACCGGCCAUCAAGUCGAUCCGAGUGGACGUCUACUAUUUGGAUGAUCCCAUCGUAACCGUCCACCAGAGCAUCGGGGAGGCUAAGGAGCAGUUCUACUAUGAGCGGACAGUGUUCCUGCGCUGCAUGGCCAACUCCAACCCCCCAGUGCGCUACAGCUGGAGGCGUGACAAAGAGUUCCUGUCCCAAGGCUCGGAUAAGGGCGUGGAGAUCUACGAGCCCUUCUUUACACAAGGGGAGACCAAGAUUCUAAAGCUGAAGAACCUUCGACCUCAGGAUUACGCCAACUACAGCUGUAUCGCCUCUGUCCGGAAUGUGUGCGGCAUCCCCGAGAAGAAUGUUCUCUUCAAACUCUCUAACAAAACAGCAUCCCCCACCAUUAAACUGCUGGUGGAGGACCCUAUCGUGGUGAACCCCGGGCAGUCCGUGACCCUGGUGUGUGUGACCUCCGGUGGGGAGCCAACACCCACACUCACCUGGGUGCGCAACACGGAUGAGCUGUCCAAGAAAAGCCGACUCAACGGGGGAACCCUCACGCUGCCCGCCAUCUCCAUGGAGGAAGCAGGAGUCUACAGUUGCGUGGCCAGCAACAACGUUGGCAACCCGGCUAAGAAGUCCACUGCCAUCGUGGUCCGAGGGCUAAAGAAGGGGCGCUUCUGGAUCACGCCUGACCCGUACCACAACGACGACAACAUCCAAAUCGGCCGUGAGGUCAAGAUCUCCUGCCAGGUAGAGGCAACGCCCCCUGAGGAGCUUCUGUUCAGUUGGCUGAAGAAUGGCCGGCCGCUGCGCAGCUCGGAGCGCAUGGUCAUCACCCACACCGACCCCGACGUCCAGCCCGGCACUACCAACCUGGACAUCAUUGACCUCAAGUUCACAGACUUUGGCACGUACACCUGCGUGGCGGUGCUGAAGAACGGCGGCAUCCCCGAAGUCAGCAUCGACGUCAAUAUCUCUUCGACUACAGUUCCUCCGGAGCUGACGGUGCCGCGAGGCAAGUCCCCCAUGGUGGUCCAGGAGGGUGACACAGUGGACCUGCAGUGCCUGGUGUCAGGGAAGCCCAAGCCCAUCAUCCUCUGGUCGAGGGCCGACAAGGAGGUGCCUAUGCCCGAUGGCAGCCUUCAGACAGAAAGCUACGAUGGUGUGCUGCGCAUUGUCAAUGUCUCCCGCGAGAUGACUGGAACCUACCGUUGCGCCACCAGCCAGUACAACGGCUUCAACGUGAAGCCCCGAGAAGCGCUGGUGGAGCUCACCGUGCAAUAUCCUCCGGUGGUGGAACCGGUGUUCACAGAGAUCCGCCAGGGUCUGGGUCGCGCCUUCACCCUCAACUGCCGGGUGCUGCGGGCGCACCCGUCCAAAGUGCUCAAGUACGAGUGGAAGCUGGGUACCAGGCUGCUGACCAUGGGCCAGUUCGACCAGCGCGACGAGACGGACUACCACGUCAGGGCACUCAAUAGGGAGGGCUACGGGGAGUACACCUGUGAAGUGACCAAUGAGGCCGGGGCGGGUGCCUGCAGGUUCUUAGUCACAGGGAGGGCCUAUGCACCAGAGUUCUACUAUGACACAUACAGUGCGUUGUGGCAGAACCGGCCCAGGGUCUACGGCUUCAAGCUACAGUGGACCCAGCAGAACCCCCUGUCUGUGGACCGCAUCGUGGCCUACCGACUCGGGAUGAAACAGACGGGCCAGUCGAGGUGGUGGGAGCAGGAGAUCCCCAUGGAGGGAGCAAUUGCUAAGGGCGAGCUGAUCACCCACAACCUGACGGAACUCAUCAAGCCCGAGGCAUACCUGGUCCGCCUUACCCCCAUCACACGCUUCGGAGAGGGAGACUCCACAGACAGAAUCAUCAGAUACAGUGCACCAGUCAACCCUCACUUGAGAGAGUUCCAGUGCAGCUUUGAAGAUGAGGCCGUGUGUAUGUUCACCCAAGACAAGACGGAUGACUUUGACUGGACCCGACACAGCGCCGCCACCAGAGACACCAAGUACACCCCCAACACCGGGCCCAGCAGUGACCGAGCGGGCUCCAAGCAAGGUUUCUACAUGUACAUUGAGACGUCUCGACCUCGCCUGGAGGGAGAAAAGGCUCGACUGUUGACCCCCACAUUCAACGUCGCCCCCAAAAGUCCCUAUGGGACUGUGACCGCCGCUCCCACCUACUGCUUUGGCUUCUACUACCAUAUGUAUGGGAAACACAUAGGGGCGUUGAACGCGUACCUACGGCAGAAGGGCCACUCGGGCUCAGACAGUUCCUUGUGGAACUUGGUCGGGAACCAAGGGGACCGAUGGAAGCAAGCCAAAGUCAACAUCCACCCAAUAGCCUCUUUCCAGUUGGUUCUGGAAGGAAUUCGUGGUCCGGGUAUAGAAGGCGAUAUCGCCAUAGAUGAUGUCACCAUUGAGGAAGGAGAAUGUAAAGACCCUCCACCCAAUAAUCUAAGGUCACUGUCUCCUCCUACCACGCCCCAUAUAUGGCAGUUCUUGGUCACCCUGACCCUGGUGUUUGUGGACCUUCAGAGGUGACCCCUCUCUCCCAGGAGGAGCAACCUGACGUGGCCCAACCCCCGUGGAAAAGUUUGCAGACGUGGACUGUCCAAACCCCAAAAACUACCAAAGAUUCACUCCUUUUCAGUCUGCAGGAGAGCAGCAGCCCAGCACUGGUCCAGGGUGGAGCAUGAAGGAAACAAAAAAACUCAGUUCAUCCGGAUUUUUCUGAAAUAUGCACAGAGUGCACUCCAAGGUCAAGAUGGAGAGUCGAGUCCAGUUCAUCAUUUUUUUCUGCAGCUGAAGCAAUCGAGGCAGAGUAUGGGUACAUUUCUGUAAAGCACAAGGACACGGUGUGGUUCCAUGUAUCAUUAAAUGGGCCACAGAAUGAUGAUAAUUGAUUUGUGUGGAAGACUUUGAUUUUAUGUUAACAGUAUGUUGAGAAAUUUACAAAAUUCGUUCAACCCACACUGACCCCGAAGCUAUUUUCUCAUGAAUAUGAUAGAGGCUAGUAUUACUCUGGGUUGUGGCUUUUCACCUCUCUUAAAACUUGGAGGCUGCCUAUGGUCGGAUUCAUCAAAAUGUGCAUAAACAAACACAUUUGCAUACUUUCUACCCAGAGGCUAGAAUUUGACUGCUUGGUGCAUUAUAUGUAUAUCUGUAAGUCAAUUCAUCAUAAUUAUUUCUUUGUCUGUUCUUUUUUCCCCCUUUUCUUUCUCUCUUCAAGGUUUGCGUAAGGUUGGUUUCAUUACAAUGUGCAUACACUUGUUCGCUAGGUUACUCUGUUAUGCAGUAGCUGAACGAUGGUGCAUUGUACUUAGAUCCUUUCGAUGUACUGUAGCGGCUUCUCUCUGUCCCACCUGCCCUAAAAUUUCAGAAGGUGAUUUAAUAAACAGGGACAUGACACAUUUCUUUCAUUACGUAAAAGGGAUUGACGAGGGAUUAUUGUGUUUUUCACUCCCUUAAGUACUCUAGGCUUUAUUAACAAUAGUAAUUGCAAUCAAAUCAAACUUUAUUUGUCACAUGCGCCGAAUACAACAAGUGUAGACUUUACCGUGAAAUGCUUACUUACAAGCCCUUAACCAACAGUGCAGUCCAAGAAGAAGACAAUAUUUACCAAGUAGACUAAAA